AUGGGCGCGGCGCGAAGCAAGCCGGUGCGUGAGGCGCCUGUGCGGUACGUUGCGAAGCAGCUUCCCCGCGUGGACAAGACUCCUGUUGAGCAACAGUUCAAGAAACCGAACUUUACCGCCCAGGGUAUUAACAAGCGCUUCGAUGACGUAAACAACGAGCCACUCAUGUACGUGGAGACAUCGAAGGACGCGAGCAGCACAGAGCUGACCGAUCACACGGCCCCGCGGUGGUACCUCAACACGUAUAUGGAGAUGGUCGACAACCAGCGUACAGACCAGGUCAUCAUCACCGGCAACCUCCCGCUUUCAUGGGAGCGUGAUAAGUUUGAGCCGUAUGCGUUGGUGCGUAACCGCAUUGACGAUGAGGAUGUGAAAUGGGUGCUUGCCCCUGAGCAGCGCAGCAGAAGUCUGGACGCGCUGUUGCCCUCCACAAAGCUGGAGCGAGGCGUGCUGCAGGAUAUACUGGACACGGUAGAGCUUCCCCGUAGGCAAUACCGGAACUACAAGGGAAAGCUCCAUAAAACCAUCGAGGAUGCCAACACACACCUUGCGGCACGAAAAGAGCAAAUUGAGAGGGCCCGUGAAGCAGAGAUCUUGCGAAAGAUUGGAUACAGCGAAGAAGAAGUGAUGCGAGAAGAGCAAUACCUUACUAACCGACCACGCGGUGUUAAGGCGCUGGAUGAGUUGGGUGUCAGUUUGCGGGAACGCAAGCGAAAGGAACGUGCCACGCAGAUGAGCGAGAUGGAGGACAUGCUGGAAGAGCGUCUCACUGAGCAACUGGAGGCUGGCGAGGCGACAUUCACAGAGGCGGAGCUUCUUCAGAAGCCUGAGGAGCUGUGUAUCAAGCCGAAGCCGUACGGCACGAGGCGGCAAGUGUACAAGCAUAUUUACGCCGCCGAUUUUGGAAAGGAUGGCCGCAAUCAGGCAAAGUUUCAGUGGUGGCUCGACCGUACGCGUCGGAUCAAGCGUGCGGUGGACACCAUUCACGGCGUGCCGGUGUACAACGAGCGGCUCUCAGCUAAUGAGGAACAGACACGGAAGCAAAUGCGCGAGGCCGCCGAGUUCAACUUUGCACUCUCGCAGGCACAGGGAGCAAAAGGAUUCACCGAUCCUCGUGGUCAUUACGACGAGUUCAUGUCUGUACUACGGCAGAACAAGGACCUGAACGACGACAGCCGCGUCGAAGUGCACGAGGACGAUGUACUGGAGAACGACGUCUUCAGGUUUCCCCACACGAGGGGCCACGGCCCUAAGCCGCCCCCGAAAAGGUUCCCGGACAAGGACGAAAGGCCGGAGAGAGUCUGCACCGACGUGUACAGGCUUCACGGCGACGAGGAGGCUGCACAGGCGAUUCAGGAGGGGGUGAAGGCGGCCGAGGAAGUCUACAAGAAGUACGCGGCAGACAAGUGUGAAGCAGAGAAGUUGUCUGAAGAAGGGAAGGACGGCAUUCAACCGCCAAAUUUAGACCCGCCCCAGUCGAAAUAG